GUCUCUGUGUGUCUCUGUGUGUGUGUCUCUGCCUCUCCCCCACUCCCCUGUUAGCAGCUGAAGCCCCCGCAGGCGAAGCGUCUGCUCUUCGCUGUAACAUGGGCGAGAUCCCCAGUUUGGUUAAAAUCGGCGUCUCUUUGAAGAUCCAACCCGGGGACGGGGCGGUCUACUUCAAGGUGGACGGUCAUCGAUUCGGCCAGAACCGCACCAUCAAACUGCUGACAGGAGCCAAGUACAAGAUCGGGGUGGUGAUGAAACCAGGGGUGGUCUCAGCAAAGUCGAUGAUGAUCGGAGGAGUGCUCGUCUCCCUAGAGGAGUCAUCCAAGGACCCCCAAGUGGUCUCUUACACUGGGAUCUAUGACACCGAGGGGGUGGUUCACACAAAAAGCGGGGAGCGUCAGCCCGUGCAGGUCAGCAUACAGUUUGAAGACAUCGGCACCUUUGAGACUGUGUGGCAGGUGAAGUACUACAACUACCACAAGCGAGACCACUGUCAAUGGGGCAACAGCUUUGGAAGCAUUGAGUACGAGUGUAAGCCCAACGAGACCCGCAGCCUGAUGUGGAUCAACAAGGAGAUGUUUGUCUAGCACUCAGCCUUGCUGGAAGUCGUAUGGGAAAGAAACAUUGACAAUGAUGAAUUGCAGUGAUGAACGCACGCACACAAGCAGAGCCUUAAUCUAGACACACUGGUGGUUGUUCCUUUGCAUUUGCUGAAUGUAGUGAACGCUAGGCUAUUCAGCUCUGCUCUCCGAUUUAGGAUAAUUUGCUACUUUACCCUUAUAAGUGAUGAAUGACAUAUACUUAUACCUUAUACAUUUAUGAUGUCAUUUUAUUUAUAGUUUAAAAUCUCAUUAGUUAUUUAUAAACACAGAAGGGGCAAAUUCGACAAACUAUUGAAUGGAGAAGAAUAGUCCAAACUUGAUCAAGUACUUCGCUACAUUUAACAGUGGAAUAAGCCUCCAAUAUCUCCAUUCACCAAUUGUCAAUAUUAAUAAAAGGGGAAAGAGUGGCGUGAGAGAAAAGAGACAUUAUAGAAGGUUGUCAUUGUGUGAUUACUGCUGUUGAAUAAGUUCUAUCCCAUUUUGUAGUUCACCAGUCACUAGCCAGUACUUGUGUUGUUUCUUUAUGUGCUAAAUAAUUUGUCUACCUCUAUUUGGAAGUAAAUGGUCCGUUCAGUGAGCUGUGGGAGUAAGCGGUAAUAUGACUAGUGUUAGCUGAUAUGAACAAAAGAUUAGUUUAAAAUGUGCACAACGUUCAAUUGAAGGUUGAUAUUAUGACCUUGUCAUUCAGCACAUAUCUCAAAUGAUUAAUGUUCUUCAUGAUGUGGAAUGCAUCAUCACUGUAAUAAGCAGCAGAUUAUUCUGCCUUUUCUAUGAUAGUACAAUGUGACGUGAUCUUUUAUAAAGUGUUGUUCUUUUGGUGCAGUGGGGGGAGGGAGGGGGGAGGGAGUGUGUUACAAAUCAUGUGACUUGUGGAUAUUAUGCAAAUACAUAUGCAGCAAUGGGUCUGUGCAAAUUGGAUGUUUUGAUUGAUAUCGGAUACAGAUCAUCUAAAAUGCCAUGAUAUUUUAGUGUUCUUUUACUUAUUCUGUAAUAAACUAGCAUAGAGUAGA